AUGGCUCAAUCAAUUAUCCAAGGCCACGUUGCCGAUGCCAAACCUCGUGUUGUUGACGGUAAUGGUGUUUACGUUACCAUUGAAGACCCAGUGACCAAAGAACGUAAAACUUUGCUCGAUGGUGCCACCGGUGCUGCCGUCGGUAUUUUGGGUUACAAGGAUUCAGAAAUCAUCGAAGCCAUGGCCGAAGCCGCGAAAACUUCGAUUUACAAUUUCCCACUUUACAUGUCCAACUAUGCUGCUGAAGAAUUGGCACAAUUCUUGAUUGAUAACUCCCCAAAAGAUGCGUUCCUGACCGCGCUUAUCACCUGUUCUGGGUCUGAAUCCAUCGAAAACACCUUGAAGUUGGCGUACCAAUACCAAAAGGAAGUGGGCCAACCACAAAGAACUAAAUUUGUUAGCCGUAACAGAUCGUACCACGGUUACACUUUGGGGGCCUUAUCCAUUGGUGAUUCUUCCAGAGCCGAUGCUUUCAAACCAAUUCUUGGGAAACCAGAUCAAUUCAUCAAAGUCAGCGCGGUUUACCCAUACCGUCACAUGAAAGCCGGAGAAACUUUGGAACAAUACAAGGAUAGAUUAGUGAAGGAAGUUGAAGACACUUUUAUCGCCAAUGAUCCAAGCACCAUCGCUGCGUACAUUGGCGAAACCGUUGGGGGAUCCACUUUUGGUACUUGUCCUCCAGUUCCAGGGUACUUGGAAGGGGUUAGAGCCGUGUGUCACAAGUACGGAGUGUUGUUUGUGUUGGAUGAAGUGAUGUGUGGUAUUGGUCGUUGCGGUACUUUCCACGCUUGGGAACAAUUCUUGCCAGAAGGUCAAAGUCCAGAUAUUCAAACCAUUGGUAAAACCCUUGGGGGUGGGUACGUCACCGUUGCCGCGAUCCUCGUGUCUCCUAAAGUCACUAAUGCCAUCACCAAAGGUAGUAACAACAUCAUUGGGGCCCAAACUUACCAUCAACACGCUUUUAACUCAUCAGUGGCUUUGGCGGUUCAAAAGAAGGUCAAGCGUGAAGGUGUCGUUGCAAACAUUCACGAAAAUGGUAAUUUCUUUGGUGAACAAUUGAAGAAACAAUUGUUGGGUAAAUCCAAGACCGUUGGUGAUGUCCGUGGGGCCGGGGGGUUCUGGUCGAUCGAAUUGGUCAAGGACGUUACCACCAAGGAAACUUUCCCUGUUGAUUUCCAUUACUACUCUAAGUUGUACAACAAGAUCACCGAAAAUGGUGCUAUCACCAUGCCAAGUGGUGGGACUGCCGAUAACCUUAACGGUGACCAUAUCUUGUUCAGUCCAUCCUUGAACAUCAGCAAAGAAGAUACCCAAAAGUUGCUCGACAUUGUUGUGAAGUCGGUGUUUGAACUCGAAGCCGAACUUAACUUGUGA